AGCCUGAUUAAGAUAGAACAACUGCAGCUAGCGCUUCUAUCUGAAACUCUGAAUAUACACGGAUAUUUAGGGAGUAGAGGAGUGCAGCAAGCGCGCACGGGCAGACCAUGGAUCAGCCGCAUGAACCAGCCGGCAGCGAGCCUAGCGAAAAUGUUCAGAACAUCGAGGAAGACAAUGAGUACCUGAACAACAAGCGCGGGUGGCUGAUGGCGGUGGCCACGCUGUUCGUGGGCAUGGCAUUCCAGGCGGCGAUACAGUUGCCUGCCUGGUUCCCCGAUGACUGGCCUCAGGCGUUUAGCUCCCACAACAUGAAGCAUAGCGGUAUAAUAUUCCGAGCCACGGUCGCCUCUGCUCCUUCCCCGAUAAGUCCUCAACAACACGCCGCCACCACCCUCACCGAGGGCCAAAUGAGGGGGAUACGGUGGUAUAUCAUGUUCAACACGGUGACCUUCACGAUUGCCCUGGCGCUUCUGAUCACGCUGGUGGCGGUAGGGAGGUCCUUGGCUAGUCAUUCCAUGAGACUCAUGAAUGCCAUAUUGUUCACGGUGAUCAUUAGCACCAGUUGCACCUUUGUCUUGGCCAUCUCGAGUGAUUGGACUGUCAUCAGGUGGAUGUUACCUGUGCUUUUGGUCCUUGGCUCCUAUACCCUCUUUAUCAGCUUAGUAUGGCCCAAGAUCAUCGAGUAUCGGAAGGAAAAGAAAAGACAGCGAGAGGCUCAAUCGAACACAGCAUCGCCGCCACCUUAAUUUAUUUUCAAUGUUCAGGAUCUCUUAAUAUCCUAGGUAGUGUUAGUGUUACAAACUCAUCACUAUCAAGGUUUAUCCCUUUGAGAACUGAUGUACGUAACAUGGGAUGGUACUAGCCCGGAGAUCGAGCCUUCAGCCUUGGAUAUGAAUUUGAUCAAGAUGUGUUGUCUUACAAAUAACAGGAAAUUCGCAUGGAUGUGCAUGAUGCAAAUGUAGUGAAUUUAUACUUGAUUUGAACGUUUGAUGUCGGCGAUGGUUUUGACAGUGUUUGAGAGAGCACUGACAGUAUUCUACCAGAGGUCACCGGUCAGACCAAGAGCAUGUACUACAGAGUUUCUGUGAAUUGGAGUAUUGGACCAAUCAUGCAACAACUUUGUAACCGAGAAACAGGGAUUGAGGCCAUGGGCCAUUGCGUUGGAUGAUGAUUCAGGAGCCUACAGAUUGGCUCUAGACUCCACCUCUCUCUGAAUCCGCCGCCGGUCGAUGAUAUGCAAACCUUGGAUGAUUGAAUACAGUUUGGUACACCUUCUCAUUCUGCCAAACUCAAACUCACCAUGUACUUCACCUGCUCUGCGAUUGUAACUUGUUCUCGACUUCAUGUGACAGUCUAGCUAGUUCAGCUAGAUAUGAUAUUGCAGUUUUGGCAAGGAA